AUGCAUUUCAGCCCCAAGCACAGCCUCCUCCAAUUUGAUCUUCAGAGCCCUCGAGCUCCCACCUCCCGCCAGACUCUCUUUGCUAUUUACUUUCUUUCCGGUGCUCCAGACACAGCUACUAGGUACACAAUGUCCGACCCCUUCUCAGUUGCCGGAAGCGCUGUCGGGGUCAUCUCUCUCGGGCUGCAGGUUUGCAGUAAGAUCGUCAGCUAUACGCAAGCCGUGCGGGGCCAAAACGAUAACAUCCAAAAUCUUGCCAGCAAAGCCGAGAACAUUCGCACGUCGCUGAAACAGUUACGCGAACUGAUCGAAGAGACGAGGGAUGAUUCACCUGAUUUUGCGAAUGACCUCGAGGUCCAGGCGCUUGGUCUUAAGGCGAACGUGGAGAAGCUGCAUACGAAGAUCGAGCAAUACAAGCCAGUUGCAACAGAAAGUUUACAAGGAAAGGCUAGAUCUACUUUGAAAAAGGUCAUCUAUCCAUUGAAGAAGGAAGCGCUCUUCGAAAUCGGGGAUUGUCUGGAUGGUAUGCAGGCGACUCUACGGACGGCAUUGGCCAUUAUGCGAUCGGGGAAAAGCUCUACGGCGCGAAAUAUACACAGAUUUGAGUUGAAGCAGGAUAGCUUCGAUGCUAAGCAAGACCACCUUCUGGACGAAAUUAGAACGCUCCAGCUUGCCCUCACAAACUCCUCUCUUCAAAGUGUCCUCCAACAACCACCGUCCCGAGUCAAACAAUUGUGUGAUCAGCUUAGCGACGAUAGCUGGCUAGUACCAUUUCCUCGAGCUCAAGGGAAGUUUCGGGCCAAGCAGGUAAAAAAACGCUAUGCAUAUCACAGUACUUGGCUGGGGUUCCUUGUUACCGGGACUUUCUCUCUUUCUUCUGGAUCUGGUGGAUUUUCAAUUGCUCCAUCGCUGAAAUUUUCUGCUGUUGUUGACUCUAAGAGCUGGUCAGGCGCAAUGUACCAUGAAAUGAUGGAUUACAGAUGGUUUUUGGACGGUGUCGACGAUUUUAUUCAGCGAUCGAAAUAUGCCUUCUCGUCUGUCUGUAAAUUCAUCAAAUACAUGCUCAGCUGCGGCUCUACCCUUGAAUAUGACGGUCCCCUUUCUGUGUCUCGAGCCUUAUGCAGCGCAUAUCUUUUGACCGAAGAGGAGCUCAAGUUCAUCCCGCAUAUCGUAGAAAUGGAGGGUCCAAUAAACCGGCCCCCAGAUUCGUGGAUUGCAAAAAGAAACAUGCAGGAAAUUCAGCGAAGGGAUGAGGAUUGCAUAAACCUUCCAGCUGCAUACAUGGCAGUUCUUCGAGAGUCAUAUGAAGACCUGCAAGAAAUAAUCAGGUCAAAUAAAGGAUGGCCAAAGAAUGAAAUACACGGCGUUUCUUUGCUUCAGUUGGCAAUGGGUUGGCCAGCGGGAGUAAGACUGCUGCUGGAAGAAGGAUCAAACACACAUAUACCUAUACUCUACCACUGCGGAUUCCGAGCGAUCACCGAUGAAGAUAGCGAAAUUGACAAAUAUGUCGACUCAUGCAAGAUUUUACUCGAAGCGGGAUACAUGUUUUCGGCCAGUGACAUUUCCAGGACUGAAAUUGAAUCGAAUAAACUGAAAGUUGUCUUUCUGCACGAACUUGCCAAACGACGUAAUAGUCUAUUGGAGCUAGCGAACGCAAGAUUCCAUCCCUCUGAGCUCUCCGAGAUCAGAAAGGGAGAAACUGGUCUUCCCGACACGCAGGCUUAUCGAAUCUGCGCUGCCUUGAUGAGGAAGGGAAUUGACGUGGCUCAUUCUCUGACGGCGGUUGAGGGCGAAUUCCUUCACUGUGAGGCAGCACCGUUGGAUAUCUUGAAGAAAGCAUACGAGCUUGGAUUUACCGACGUAACUCAACGACCUCCACAAGGCUAUACGCCACUAGAGCUCUACUGCUCGCGACACCAUGGUCACUCCCUGGAGCAGAUUACUUGGCUUAUUUCCAAAGGCGCGAAUCCUAUGGAAAGGCUUCCUAGAUCGAACAUGACAGUGACUCAUAUACUAAGUGCGACUUUGGCUACCCGGGUUGGAAUCAAACAUUGCUACUACUAUGGGGUAUCCAAAGAUAUCACUCACAUGGCCGCGGUCUUUCGAAAUUUUCUCCAAUCCCUCAUCAAUUACAAUCAGUCAAGUUCCCAGGCGUGUCGCUCAAUUAUAAGGAGCCUUACCUUUGACGGGCUAGGGCUCAGCCAUACCUGCUGCAUCGAGAUUGAAGAUGGGGUACCCUGGCUACAUGGCAGAGAGGAAUGCGAUCUUCUUGAGAUUAUGGAGGAGCAGAGAGAUCAAGCAGAAUACCUCGAGAGGCUUGUGGCUGAAUUUGAAUCUCAGUUUGAUGCCUACGGGCUUCCCUUGAUGGAUUUCCUGCAGCAGGUUUGGUAUGAACGAAUGAUAAGAAUUCUUUCACAUUGCGAUCCUUUCGAUGCUAAGCAUCACGAGGAAGCGGGAAAGCUUGGCGUUUUUCUGGAGAUGGAUGAUAUUGAGAUACCCCAUGUUGUGCAAUAUAUUUGUGACCAAGUAAGGGUGGUCAAGGACGACUCUGACAGUUCUUGA